CUGAACAAGGAUCCUCACUCCCCAGUCUAAAGGCUGCGAUUUGACUCCUGACAACAUGCGGCUGACGGGUCUGAGAUUUGCGCUCCUGGUCUGGAUUCCUGGACUGCUGCUUGCUGUGGAUGAAGGGGAGCCGUGCGGCGCUCCCGACCUGAAAAACGGUUAUUUUCUCCCGGUGAGAGAGUCUCAUCCUCAUGGCUCACAUGUGACGUACAGCUGCGAUGCGGGAUACAAAACCACAGAGGAGGGAUGGUGGGCGACAAUCAUAUGUCAAGAUGGCGUCUGGUACAAGAAACCGGAGUGUGUUGUGGACACAGUCUGCGUUCUUCCGGUUAUUCCAAACGGCAAAUUCAAGCAAAACCUGAACGGCUCGUUAGAAAUAAACUGCAACGCAGGAUAUUCGCUAAACGGCCAGGAUAACAUCGUGGAGUGUCACAGUGGGACGUGGUCCGCGGUGCCGCUCUGUCAGAAACACCCCAGGGCGUGCGGCGAGCCACCAGUUGUCCCUAAUGCCGUCGUUACUCAGACCUACCAGGAGGUGUUUGCUGCUUAUUCCAAAGUGGAGUAUCAGUGCAGACAAGGAUUUCUCACAGAGGACAGACAGUCCAAAAAAAGUGCCUACUGCGAGGGUGGAAACUGGGCCGGAAUUCCACGUUGCACACGUGCUGCCGAACCCACGGACACUCAGACUACAUUCGUAUCCAUCGAUAAUUGUGGAGAGAUCCCUCAUGUUCCAAACGGGCUUCCUGAGCCACAGGAGCAGCAACGUUCUUUGAAAUACACGUGUCAGAACUUUUACAAGUUAGUGGGUCCUGACACUGUGGUGUGUCACAGAGGUGGCACGUGGUCCGAAGUCCCCAAAUGUAAAGAGGAUUUCUGUCUUCUGGACACUACAGAGUAUUCUGACCUAAUAAAUUCUGGCAAUACGUUUAUCAGAAAUGGGGGCACAGAGUACCCGAGAUGUGUUGAUAAAUGGACGCUUAAAAAUUACGCUGUGGUUCGGUGCAUUGAUGGGAAUCUCAGUGUAUCCAGAUGUUGCAACUGGGCCAAGAUAGACUUUGGUCUAUGCUGAGGCCCCAUCGGGAAAAGAUCUGGCUCUCUUGGGCUGAGCUGAUGGACUGAGAACAAAUGGAAACAUGAACCCAUUUGAAACAACUUGAGAUUGAAUGCGUUGCCAACAGCCAGGCUGGAUAUUUUCAUUCUGCUCUAUCACACCAAUAAAGUUCAAUCUUUUAUGUU